AAGUUACCUGCGGGCGGCACGGGGAGCGGAGCAGGCUGCGCUCGGCCCGCGGGUGCGCGCCGCGGCGUGGGGAGAGUUGAGCGCUUUCCCCCCUCUUUUUUUUUUUUUUUCUUUUUCUUUCUUUUUUUUCCUCUUCUUAAACAAACCACAAACGGAUGUGAGGGAAGGAAGGUGUUUCUUUUACUCCUCAGCCCAGACACCUCUCUCUGCUCCUUCUAAGCUUGUUUUUGCUGAGCACUUUUUUUUUCGGAAAGGGAAAGAAAAGGAGUUGCUUGAUGUGAGAGUGAAAUGGACGUAAGAUUUUAUCCACCUCCAGCCCAGCCCGCCGCUGCGCCCGACGCUCCCUGUCUGGGACCUUCUCCCUGCCUGGACCCCUACUAUUGCAACAAGUUUGACGGCGAGAACAUGUACAUGAGCAUGGCAGAGCCGAGCCAGGACUACGUGCCAGCCAGCCAGUCCUACCCUGGCCCAAGUCUGGAGAGUGAAGACUUUAACAUUCCACCUAUCACACCUCCCUCCCUCCCUGACCACUCGCUGGUGCACCUGAAUGAGGUGGAGUCGGGGUACCACGCUCUCUGUCACCCCAUGAACCACAAUGGCCUGCUCCCGUUCCAUCCGCAAAGCAUGGACCUGCCAGAGAUCACCGUGUCCAACAUGCUGGGUCAGGAUGGCACACUGCUCUCCAACUCCAUCUCUGUGAUGCAGGAUAUCCGGAACACAGAGGGAGCUCAGUACAGCCCCCACCCUCAGAUGGCAGCCAUGAGGCCCAGAGGCCAGCCUGCAGACAUCAGGCAGCAGGCUAGCAUGAUGCAGCAUGGUCAGCUGACCACCAUUAACCAGUCCCAGCUGAGCGCCCAACUGGGCUUGAACAUGGGAGGAAGCAACGUUCCCCACAACUCCCCGUCUCCACCCGGGAGCAAGUCUGCAACCCCAUCACCUUCCAGCUCAGUGCAUGAAGACGAAGGCGAUGAUGCUGCCAAGAUCAAUGGUGGAGAGAAACGGCCUGCCUCUGACAUGGGGAAAAAACCAAAAACUCCCAAAAAGAAGAAGAAGAAGGACCCUAACGAGCCCCAGAAGCCCGUGUCUGCCUAUGCGCUGUUCUUUCGAGAUACUCAGGCUGCUAUCAAGGGCCAAAAUCCCAACGCUACCUUUGGUGAAGUCUCUAAGAUUGUGGCUUCAAUGUGGGAUGGUUUAGGAGAAGAGCAGAAACAGGUCUAUAAAAAGAAAACUGAGGCUGCAAAGAAGGAAUACCUGAAGCAACUAGCAGCGUACAGAGCCAGCCUUGUAUCCAAGAGCUACAGUGAACCUGUUGAUGUUAAGACAUCUCAGCCACCCCAGCUGGUCAACUCAAAGCCGUCGGUGUUCCAUGGGCCCAGCCAGGCCCACUCAGCUCUAUACCUAAGUUCCCACUAUCACCAACAACCAGGAAUGAAUCCUCACCUCACUGCCAUGCAUCCGAGCCUCCCCAGGAACAUAGCACCCAAGCCGAAUAACCAAAUGCCAGUGACUGUCUCCAUAGCCAACAUGGCUGUGUCCCCACCGCCACCCCUCCAGAUCAGCCCACCUCUUCACCAGCAUCUCAGCAUGCAGCAGCACCAGCCGCUGGCCAUGCAGCAGCCCCUUGGGAGCCAGCUCCCCAUGCAGGUCCAGUCUGCCUUACACUCACCCACAAUGCAGCAAGGAUUUACUCUUCAACCCGACUAUCAGACUAUUAUCAAUCCUACAUCUACAGCCGCACAAGUUGUCACCCAAGCAAUGGAAUAUGUGCGUUCUGGGUGCAGAAAUCCGCCCCCACAGCCUGUGGACUGGAAUAACGACUACUGUAGUAGUGGGGCCAUGCAGAGGGACAAAGCACUGUACCUCACCUGAAAAUCUCAGCACCUCUCCUUUCCACUGAGGAAUUCAGGGAAGUCUUUUCACCGUGGAUUGCUUUGUGCUCCCAAGGCAGUUCUCCAUUUUAUUAGAAAAUACAAGUUGCUAAGCACCUAGGACCAUUUGAGCUUGUGGGUCACCCACUCUGGAAGAAAUAGUCAUGCUUCUUUAUUAUUUUUUUAAUCUUUUAUGGACAUUGUUCUUCUUCCCUGAAGGAAAUAUGGACCAUUCUGGUUUUAUGUUGGUUUUUGCUGUGAAGUGCUGCGCUCUAGUAACUGCCUUAGCAACAGUAGAUGUCUCGGGUAACAGUCCUGGGUUCUCCAUUGGUUUUCAUAAUGGGUGUUUAUAUGAAACUACUAAAGACUUUUUAAAUGGCUUGAUGUAGCAGUCAUAGCAAGUUUGUAAAUAGCAUCUAUGUUACACUCUCCUAGAGUAUAAAAUGUGAAUGUUUUGUAGCUAAAUUGUAAUUUGAAACUGGCUCACCCCAGUUCAUUGAAUUCACAGAGGGGUUAAAUUGGCAAACAUUCAUAUUUUUACUUCAUUUUUAAAACAACUGACUAAUAGUUCUAUAUUUUCAAAAUAUUUGAAAAAUAUUCCCAAAUGA